ACACGUCUCACAGACUUGGGUUUCUCUGGCCGGUGCUGGCCUCACGAUGCUCGCUGGCUUCGUCCUUCUGCUCGUCCUCACAGCUGUGGACGGGGAGAAAGUGUGUAGUCAUCAGGAUGUUUUAAACCACCUGAACUUGACCAGACACAACGAGCUGUACUCCCUGACCCGGCCUGUCUUGGACUUCCGACAGCCCACAAACGUCACCCUGGACAUUUUGUUGUAUGCCAUUCUUGAAGUGGUAAAGAAUGACCAGACAUUUGUUCCUUACUUCUGGAAGUUCAUGCGCUGGGACAAUCAAUACAUUUCAUGGAAUCAGAGUGACUUUUGUGGUAUUGAAAAAAUUUAUGUUCCUACUGAAAUGUUAUGGAAGCCAGAUUUCACCAUCGAAGAGAUGAUAGCAAAGGACAGAGCCCCUCCAAGUCCUCUCCUCACUAUCUUCAGUAACGGUACAGUUCUUGUUCAGAACGACCAGGUGCUGAUCAUCACCUGCAGGAUGCACGUUCACAAAUUCCCCUUCGACACUCAGAGCUGCAACAUCUCGUUCAAGUCUUUCAUUCACUCCGUUGAGGAAAUGAAGGUUUUUUGCAGCACCAGCUCCAAAGAGGUGACGAAGGAGUCCCGCGAAUUGAUGCGGACCCAGUACGAGUGGCUGUUCCAGAACAUGACAGUCACCAGCAAAAUUGUCAACACGUUUGGCUUUGAUCAAGACCUGAUCAUUUUCACCAUUUACAUGAAGAGGAGGUCCAUCCUCUACAUUGUGAACUUCUUGCUGCCCAUCCUGUUCUUCUUGUGUCUGGACUUGGCCUCGUUCCUGAUCUCGGACGGCGGGGGCGAGAAGCUGAGCUUCAAGGUCACUGUGCUGCUCGCCAUCACCGUGCUACAACUUAUUCUGAAUGAUAUCCUGCCGUCCUCGUCCAACAGGAUCCCGCUCAUAGCCGUCUACUGCAUCGGGGUCUUUACUCUGAUGCUGCUCAGUCUCCUGGAGACGAUUUUGGUGAUGUAUCUGAUUCGGAGGGACUUAGCACCCCAAGACAGUGAGACGGACGAAGGCCGAAGUCCGAGGGAGGACAAGCAGGGCCGAAACAACUUCCACCAAUGCGGAGGAGAGGAGAAGACGUGGAAUGACAGCGUGUGCGUCUGGGAUGUGUUCGCUGAUGAAACACCAGCUGAACGACUGCAGACGAGCGGCAGCCAACUGACGGAGGAGUCGCAGGGCUUGGAGAAGCUCUCGGAGGAUCUGAGGGUGGCGGUGAAAACACUGAGGCUGCUCCUCAACAGCAGGACGGAAGACGGAAAACCCGGCUACUGGGCCAGAAAGACAAAAAUCAUCAACAAAUGUUUUUUCGUUUGUUACGCCGUGGCUGCCAGUCUGUUUCUACUCCUCCUGUUCUUAAACUGGAACUAACAGCAUGAGUCACAGCGCCGCAUCAUGACGCAUAUGAUCAGAAUCACAUUGCUGUUAUUCAUUCAUUCAUUCAUUCAUCGUCUACCGCUUUAUCCAUUUAAGGGU